GGUACGCUUACUCCACUGCUUGGUAUCGGUGCAUGUGUCUCGAUUCAGUUUGGUGCAUUAGAGGCUAUGAAGCGUUACUUUUCUGGAAACAACAAAACUGGAUCCCAAAACCUCAGUAUUCUUCAACUAUAUCUCUCGGGUGCUGUAUCUGGUGUUGCCAACUCUGUUCUCAGUGGACCCAUUGAGCAUAUUCGUACUCGUUUGCAGAUUCAAUCUUCCACCAACAAGUUGUACAACGGACCUUUGGAUUUUGUCGGAAAAGUAUCCAAACAGUAUGGUAUGUCUGCCAUUUUCAAGGGACAGACAGUUACGGUCAUUCGCGAACUCCAUGGGUUUGGAGUUUAUUUCUGCGUGUACGAGUAUUUGAUGCAGCGUGCUAUGGCGAUCAACGGUAUUAAGCGUAAUCAGGUACCUAGCUGGAAGCAACUUCUUUUUGGUGCUACCUCUGGUUACAUGCUGUGGAUCUCUGUCUACCCUAUUGAUGUUAUCAAAUCAAAACUGCAAACAGACAGUUUUGAUAAAUCUACUCAGAAAUACAAAGGCAUGAUUGAUUGUGCUUCCAAGAUUUUUGCUCAAGAGGGAUUGACUGGUCUUUAUAGAGGGUUUUGGGCGUGUAUGCUACGUGCAGGUCCUGCCAACGCAGCAACAUUUGCUACCUAUGAAAUGGUCAUGAACUUUAUUGGAAGAUAA